AUGUCAUCCUCAGUAAAAAUCGAGUCCUCUGAGCAAUUCAGAGGCCUGCUCAAGAGCUCCAAGAUUGUCAUCGCAGACUUCUAUGCGGACUGGUGCGGACCAUGCAAAGCAAUCGCCCCCCUCUAUGAGCAACUUGCCGCUCGGAUAUCCAAGCCCGGUGUCGUCACUUUCGUCAAGGUGAACACGGAGACGCAGAAGGACAUCGCCGCCGCCUACCGAGUCACGAGCAUCCCCACAUUCAUCAUGUUCCGUGAUGGCAACAAAAUCGACGAAGUCAAGGGCGCGGACCCGAAGAAGCUACAGUCCAUCAUCGAGAAGCUGACCUCCGAGAUUCAGAACGUCGCCAGCGGUAGCGGCUCCGGCGGCAGCAGUAGUGCAAGCGGAAGCUCAGCCCUUGGCUGGCGAGGCGCCGAGCUCCCGAGGGGAUACUUGGACGUCACAGAUCAGAUCGAGGUGCAGAGGACGGAGCUGCUGAACUUCGAUGAGGACUUUGGCAGCGUGCGCACACUUCUCGACUCGUCGAAGCCAGGCGGUCUGAGCGGUGGCAAGAAGACGGAGAAGGAUUGGGUAGUCAGCGAUACGGACGAGCAGCUACUUCUCUUCGUGCCAUUCAUGUCCAUGCUGAAGCUGCACACUCUCCAAAUUACCUCCGUUCCGGACGAAGACGAGGACAUCAUGCGACCCAAAGUUGUCAAGCUCUUCACAAACAGACCACACAAUCUUGGAUUCGAGGAUGCCGAGGGCGAAGCCCCUACCCAGCUGAUCGAGCUCAGCGAGAAGGAUUGGAACGCCGAGGGAACAGCCAACAUCCCAUUGCGUUUCGUCAAGUUCCAGAAUAUCAACAGCCUAGUAUUGUUCGUCGAAUCUGGAGACGGAGAAGGGGAGAAGACUCGCAUCGAUCGCAUCAGGCUGAUUGGCGAGUCGGGCGAGAAACGCGACAUGGGUAAGCUCGAGAAGAUAGGAGACGAUGGUGCUUGA